GUAAUAGAAAAUUCCAAGUUCAUCGACUUUGAUUCCAUGCAUAGGUAGAAAGGAAAUCCUCGAUUAUCAUCUAGAAUUGCAAUUCCAAUAUGGCUCCACAAACUACCAAUAGGGCAGUCGAGAUGGCCAACGGUCAAAUGGUCACAACUGAAGAGGAAUACGAAGAAAGGAAGAAGAAGAUGUCGCGCAUGGGCUUGGAGGGUGUUGAUAAUCCAGCAAAUUUCAUUCCUGGGUCUCCUUUCACUUCAAGCUCGGAGCUCACGCCAAACGAAGUUCGUGAGAAGGCUCGAUUGGCCUCACAGAAGAUAUUAUCGGAUUGGAAUACACUGCGGACCAUUCUUCAGUUACAUGCCAAUACGCUGGAGAAGCGUUGGAUGAAAAAGUCGAGAACGAAACGAAAAGACCUGCUCUUGGAAGCUUGGCCAAACAUGUCUACUACUCAUCGUCCUGAUUACGAGGCAUAUAGACAAGAGUGUACUGGACGCACACUCAAGGGACUAUCGAAAUUCCAGGAAGCGUACAAAUGGCCUUAUAUCAAUUUGCAAGACCUUAGUAGUAAAUAUCUGAUCAUUUUCAUCAACAGUCGAGGAAGAAAUCCUCCAAGCGCAUUUGCUCGCGCGGAUGUUGAUGCAGCACACCUUGGAACUGUUGGGCAUUUCAUUCCUGAGCCAGCUUUCCUUCCGUCCUAUACACUUUUCCUGGAUGGCGAUAAGGUGGAAACAUAUGGGACAUUAGUUUCAUGGGAAGAAGACAACGCUGCUGCUGAUUUGAUGCUCACAAAAAGACAGUUUAGCCCUGGUGACGGUCUAAAGGCAUUUGAACUUCAAGAGAAAAUAUAUCCUUUCCUCACCAGGUGUUGUGAGCUUAUCCUUCACGAUUUUGCUGAAUCGGGUGCAUUGCUUGAUGCAAGUAUUCCAACGGGUAUCACGACAGAUCCUAUCGUACCUCCCAGGCCCACUCCAUCUACCGUCACCAGAAGACUUUCAUCUCUAGCCAUCGCUUCAGCGGAAGCGCCGUAUCGUUUACCAGCGAAUAUCGAUUUUGAGGAUCUUCGUGAAACUUUUGAAGCAAGACUUUCAGAAGCAGAAUCCUAUCUCUUUGACUUGAGGGAGGAUCCUGAAAUUUUCGCUGAUGCAGUUAACGAUUGGAGCGAGCAUCGGAAUGAUGCAUUGUUAGACACAAAUGGCGACCCACAUCCGACUGGACCACACACUCAGGAUUUCUGGGGCCGCGUCGUUAGCAACAUCAUCGGUGACGCAUAUUCGAGCUAUGAGACUUACUUUCUCCUUCAUGAACAAGCUGCUCUAUUGUGCACAUUGAUGGAAAAAUACAAAGAUGAACUUUCGUAUAACGAGCAACUUCCCAAAGAAUACCUCAUUGCCAUUCUAAAGCUCAAGGAACUCCUCAAGAUAAGUACCCAAGCACCAAUCAACCACCUCCAGAAUAUCCAGUCCUCACCACCCCUCCGUCAUCACUUUACACGUGCUCCGCAAGCACCCGGCACAAUCAGGAUGCAUAUAAUGCCCAAAGAUGAGAGCAAUCCAUUCUUCCACAAACUAUGGUUCCUCUUGUUGAUUUUGUGGGACCGGGAAAAACGAGAUUUAUUUGGAUUAACCAAUAUCGUCAACGAAUUUGAGCAACUGAUACAAGAUCCAGAAGAAAGGAAGAAUCUAUCUUCAUAUUUUCUUCAUCGAUUCUCAGACCUUGCUAUGUUAUCGGUCGCUCUUGAGCAAAUUGAGAAUUAUCGACCUUGGGCUGCGACUUUCGACGACGAAUUCAAUAACAACCACCAAGAAGAAGUGCACAAGAUCACGAUGAAGGAUCUUACUUUUAACACACGUUAUAUUAAGUAUAUGGACUCUGUUCUGAGAGGCAUCGUACCCUACUGCAUGCCAGGUGAUGGCAAGUUUGAAUAUCCCGCCGAUCAGAAACGUACAAAACAAAACACGGAACAAAUGAUCUUGGCAGAGAAGAAUCUCGAUUUUUUCUGGGACAAGUUUGAUGCUAAUUGGAAGAAAUUGACGAGGAGGAGCAUCGAUGCAUGCUUUGGAGGACAUCCUCCAAUAAAUAUGCGAGAGAUUGAAAGAACGCCAGCAUGGGUUGAGCCUUUACAAACCAAAGCUACACCACAAUCUCAAAGAAAUACAAGCGCUCAAAAAUGUGCACAUGAUGAGGAAAACAACAAAAAUCAGAAAAAAACGAAGAAAAAGAAAUCCAAGACAAGAGAAUCCUCACAGCCAUCCACGCAAACUGAGGCUCAACCCCAGAAUCUCGAGCCUGAACUCAAUGCCGAACUACCCAACGUCGAAGAACCUAAAGUCAAAAUCCCACAUCACCUUAUGCGAAUCCUCAAUGCCCUUUUUCCAACCUGGUAAGAACAAUAUACCGGGUGACGUCCCCUGGGUUGAAUUUCUAAAAGCAAUUGUAGAAAUGGGCUUUGCUGCACAAAAUUUAUAUAAUAGUGUUCGGCAAUUCACACCUGUUUCUAGGGAGGCAGCGGUUUAAACAGGAGCAAAAAAAAAGUAUAUAAUCUCAUGAACCGCAUCCGGGCGUUGAGAUUAAUCUUGUCGUCGCUGGGAGGAUUGGAAGAAGGUUGAUGAGAAGUUUUGGAUGAUGGGGUGGCAUGUUUGAGGAAGAAUAGUUGAAUGUGCAAUUGAUUGAGUAGACUGCACAGCGUCGGGAGAGUGAUCUGAAUUUCAUUUCCCGUGAAUUUUAGAGAAUAUGAAUAUUGAAUGCGAUCUUUUUCGCUUAUCGCAUAAAUAUCGAUGGUUUGUAUGCGUUCGGCUUA